GCUCGUCACUCGACUCAACUCGACUCGAAUCGUGGCUUAAAUCUCACUCGUCACUCACUCGGCUGCCAAUCGGAAUGUGCGACCGUCUGCUUGGAAGCGUGCUUUCGAACUGAAGUCGUUUUUUGCUUCUGAGCUGCUCGUUGCUGCCACAGCAACCCCACCAAUACGUGCGCGGGAAGCAGGUUGCUCCAGCUGAAAGCUCGGCUCCCCAGCAAACAUCCAACAUCAAAAGUCUAACUGGGAGCUUUACAGUGCUGCCAGAUAGGUGGAUAUAGUUGGUGGAUAUAGAAUUUUACACGACUAACAAAAUAGAAACUUAAAAGAAUAACGGGUAUAAAACAAGUGAAUUUAUCUGGAACUGAACGAACCAAGCCAUGAGCCUUUGCUCAUUCGAAACACUGAAAAGCCGUUGCACUUGCUUUCCAUUCAAAUUUCGAGGCGAUUUUGAAAAUGACUAUUCCCGUGACCCAUUUCCUAGUCGAGUUGGUCAGAUAAUGAGUUACAUGGACGACUGUUUCGCAGGUGCUCCGCAGGAGUUUCUCAUCUGCAUCACGGUGCACAAGGCUGCCCAAGUGGGAGUGACCACCGGCGAGCUGUACGUGCGGAUUAGCUUGGACAAAAUGACGAAGAGCACCAAAUCCUUUCCUAAUACAGAAAAUCCCUUCUUCAAUGAGUACUUCGUUUUUGAGUUCCAUUGUACGUUAACCGAACUCCUGCGCUUAACGAUCCUUUUUGAGCUAAAGAAACACAUGACGUAUAAGAAAAAUGUGGUAGUGGGUGAACUACUGGUUGAUCUACAUAGUGUGUGGAACCAGUCCAAUCAUGGCUACUUCAAGAAGUGGGGUCGCCUGGAAGCUCCUAUUGGAGAAAACCAGACCCUAGAGAAUGCCGUUGCACCGCACGGCUAUUUGCAACUGGAUCUGGCCAUCGUAUCCCAGCACAGUCCGGUGUCUUAUGCCCUCGGAUCUGAGGAGCAGGACACACAAAAUCUGAACAAGUGGACGGUUGAUCAUGAUUUUGAUGACAUCGAAAAGAAUCUACUGACCAACGUGAACAUCUUCGCCCCAAGUAAUAUUCGAUACUUCGUCGCCUUUUACCGGGGUUACUUCAUCAAGCAGAGCAACUACAUGAUUCAAAUUCCAUCCUUUCAAGGGCAAAACGCCGGUGGUCAAGAACACGACGACGCCCGUGUGGAACUACGAGAUCAACUUUGCCUGGAUGUAUCCGUCGGUGGCCCAGCGAUUCCUCAUCCUAAUUUUUGCCCAUGAACAUCUGCAAUGGAAAUGCGUGGCUGAGUUUGAAUUGUGUCUUGAGGAGAUCGCGUUUAAUGGUGAGUCAUGUGUGGCACGAAAGGCAGAUUUUGUGUAACAACUAAAUAGGAACUCCUUCUCUGGGACCCACCUACUUGCAUCUCUACGAUCCUGUCAAUCCUAUGAUCUAUGUUGGUCGUCUUCUAAUGGAACUUCGGUCUGAAAUGCUAACGGAUUCCCAGCCCACACACACGCUGUCCUCCAAGACGGUGCCAGGUUUGGAUGAGACCCGUUUCUGGCAUGACGAUGUCUAUCUGAUUGAGUUUCUUCCACUAAUGGGUCACCACAUCCUGACCUCGGGUACGGCAUACAAGAUCUCGGCGAGAUUAGCCGAACACACCUCGAACGUGCUGGAGGGUCAACUAAGGACACCUUUAGAUCGAUUCAAGUCGGCAAUGAACUCAAAGAAUUUCCGGCGGGAGGCACCUUUUCAGUCCUGCAUGUUUCGUGUCCGUUUGCCGGACAAUCGAGCCAAGUACGAAAGUGAUUUCUUCAUGCUGGAUAUAGUCAAUUAUAUGCGUUCAGAACUGGACACCUUCAAGCUCUUUCAACGCAAAUAUCCACUCCAGGAUGAUGAGCAGGCCAAAUGCCUGAAGGUCAUUGUGAACAAUAUUUUGACCAGAAUCAAGGAGGGUCUAGAUGCCCACCGUUUCGACCACGACGUGCAACCACAGCGCACCACCUGGGAUAUCAAUCGGCAGCUGUACCUCCUGGACUAUUUCGCCAAGUUGCCACUGGAACUUCAAAAUCUUAAACAGAAACUACGCAGCUGCUUUCUGGAACACCUAGACACUUCCAUUGGCGAUGUGGUUAAUGAGCUACAGCGUUUGGUAGCUGAAAUCGGAUCCCUUUCCAGUAUGGCACGCACCCAGGACGAGUGGCCAGAAUUGGUGCUUUCCUUAAGUGCAAGCGGUAAAGAUGUGGGUGUUUGCCGAUUGAACGCCAAACUCUUUUUGAAUCUACGAAAUCAGGAUGCGGAUCAGGAUCAGGAGACCCUUUGUUGGCGUCUAAAGAGCUUUUCCUUCAAGUCCGCGGGCUGUUCGCACACCUGCCCCAAUUGUGGUUGCACCACGGCCAUAGUAUCAGGAUGUUUAUCCAUUGUUGUGGAACGGGAGCGAAAACGAUUUCUUGCGGUUGUCAAUAAAGAGUGGGCCAACAUUGAGCCCAUGUUGUGGCAGCUGAAUCCUGAACAGACACACUUCCUCUGUCACGUUUACAUACACCAAGCCAAAGUUCGUCCUGGUGGUGAAAAAAAGAACAUAUGUGACUCACAUCUGAGAGUCCUGUUUGCCGACCAGGCAUGUGAAACGUAUACGUCUCCCGGUACCCUAUCGCCAAUUUGGAAUGCUGUGAUCACAUUUAACUGGGUGUCACUACCAGGAGGCAUUGGUCUCUAUCUAAAGAACCCUCCUCUACUUUCCUUGGAAUUCUAUAAUUCGGAACGCAGUCUACCAGAAGACCUUGUGGGCAUGGGAAGCGUGGCCAUGAGUGUUAUUAGCGAGGAUCGGGCAAGUGAUUCCAAUUGGGAGGAUGCAGGAGUAUUCGGUUGCUCAAAGAAUCCGUUGCGAAAACUACAGAGAUUGAAGUACCUGACACCACCUCCUCUCAAAUGGGUGCCAAUUGCUAGAAAAGGAACUCUACAAGCAGAGGUUUUGAUGUCAGCCGAGAUCAUUCAAAUCUCCAUGGAAUCUCUGACCACUGGUCAGAAUGAUAAAAAGGAACCACAACUUGCAACGGGCAUUCCAAUGGCCAUCAGGCCAACUAUGCAGAAUUUUGUCUUAGAGGUUUUCUUCGUGGGUCUACGCAAUUACUCCAAGAGCAGCAUGAGUUCUGCUGGUAAGCGGAAAAUCAAUUUAAUGAUGGGUGAUCUGGUCCUGUCCAGUGGACCCUCCACAGCACGCAUCCGGAACAGCAUAAACUUUUUGGUGGCCUACGCAUCUGGAGUGGUUGUAAGUUCAUAUCGUAGAAAAGUAAGGUCCCACCUAUAUAGUACCCCGAUCAGAGUUUGCCAGAUCAACAGGAUUACUGGCCGGCGAUCAUAGCCACCGAUGUCCUUCUCUCCGGAUUUAGCAGCGAGUCCAUUCUGGGUGCAGCUCUCAUACCCAAUUCAUCAAAUUUCCUGCAACGCGACAGGACCCUCAAGUGUGUGUUCAAAAAGGAACAAGAGGCAGCAGAAGCUUCCACCACGGUUAGUGUGGAUGAAGAUGAUGAGGAUGAGGAAGAGGAACUGGAGUGGGAAGAGGAGGAGACCAAACCCUCCAGGAUUAGCAGCUGGUGGAUGCGACUGCUCUUCGCGUUCGGUCUGCGUCCAGCCCCCUAUGCCAAUCGACACGCUUUAAGGUUCCACGAUGAUUUGGAUGACCACGAAUUGGUCGAGGAGCGAGAGUUCACCUGGUGGACUAAGUUCUACAACUCGAUGUAUUGGAGUGCGGCCGAAAUGUGCCACGAACACAAGCACCGCCUGGUUAUCUACUACGAAGAGCUGGAGAAGCAGGCCCAGUUUGGAUACCUCCAGGAUUGGGCGGUUCCCGUUCAGUUGGUUCAUGGCGUGAAGUUUAAAAAGCAUGGUCCACCCAAAGAAGAUAUCUAUGCCACCUUAAAGCUGCAACUCAAGUUGACCCCUUGUCAGUGCCCGGUUCUUGAGGAUCCCGGAGGUGGUGGCGACAUGGUUCGCAACAUGUCAAAUCCCAUACAUCCUCGACAUCAGUCCACACUACAGUCGCUGGGUGAGACCGUAAAACUAUUGGUACGUGUUUAUGUAGUCCAGGGGGUUCAGAUGCGUCCUCGAGAUGUGAAAGGUGACUCCGAUUGCUAUGUGAAGCUGUUCCUGGGCGGCAAGACGUUCUCCGAUAGAGCCCAUUUCUCACCCAACCACAGUAAUCCAGUUUUCGGUCGUCUAUUUGAAAUGGAGGCUACGCUGCCAGGAGAUCAUAUGCUGCAAGUCAUGGUAUAUGAUCAUGACAAGAUCAAGGACGAGGUGAUCGGUCAGACAAACAUCGAUCUGGAGGAUCGCUGGCGAACUAGGCAUCGUGCCACAGUGGGUUUGGCCAAUGAGUACACAAAGAGUGGCUAUAAUCAUUGGCACGACGUUAAGUUGCCCUCGGAAAUUCUCAUAGAUCUGUGCCAGAAAAGAGGCAUUCAGGCCCCUUACUAUUAUGGUAAUGUAAUUGAGGUGGACGGAAUGCUUUUUGGGGACGAAACUUUGAUCUCAAAAGAUGAGGAGCUGCAGGAGAGACUUAGUUUAGCCGUGCUUAAGAAUAUGGAUAAGUUGCCAUCCUUUGGUUACAAAUUGGUUCCCGAACAUGUGGAAACCCGCUCCCUUUGCCGCGAUGAUUUUCCAAAUGUCGAACAGGGCAAACUACAACUGUGGAUAGAGCUGUUCGAGGCGAACAUCUAUGUGCCCAGUCCCAUCGAUAUAACCCCUGUGCCGCCCGCGGAUUUCGAGGUGCGUGUUGUGGUUAAGAAUCUGGUCGGGAUUCAGGCGGGCGACAAAAACAUUUUUGGCAAACUAAUGAGCGACGUUUACGUGAUAGGAUGGUGCGAGGAUGAGGACAAGCGCCAAUCGACCGAUAUCCAUUACCGCUCAUUUGCAGGAGAUGCGGCAUUUAAUUGGCGCAUGGUCUUCGGCCUCAAGUAUUCCCCCAACGAGGACCUGGUAAGCCGUGACCUUGCCUAAUUGGUCAGGGUAAACAAUACUGCGGCGCCUUUUCACCAUUAAUUAUUCCGUGGGCUCCCGUUUCUUUUUAUAAUUUAUAUAUUUUUUAGAUGGUAAUCCGGCGAAAGGCGGGGCUGCUGGAGGAAAUCGAGUUCAAGAAGCCGCCUAUUAUCUAUCUGCAGGUGUGGGACAAGGAUGUGUUAACCAAGGAUGAGUAUCUGGCCGCACUGGAGCUCAAUCUCUCCAACAUGUACGCACCGUAUCCAGCUGCCCAGUUAUGUAAGCCAUAUCCCAAGAAGAGGAAGCGCAUCAAUCUCUUCAAGCGCAAGGUCAUCAACGGCUGGUUUCCGCUGCAAAGUAAUGCACAUCCAUCGCAACGCAGCCAGGCCGCAGUUCAAAAUGGCAAAAUGCAGCUGAGCAUCGAAGUCUGCACGGAUGUGGAGGCCGUCAACCGGCCGGCUGGUCGUGGACAGGAUCCACCGAUGGCCUUGGAGCCGCCUUACAGACCGGACAGCUCGUUCAAUCCACUAACGCAUCCUUGCAAAUCCUUUCAGCACAUCCUCUGGCCAGUCAUUCGAAAGUAUGUCCUGUGGACUUUGCUCAUAUUGAUCGUUAUCCUGGGAUUGGUGCUCUUCUUUUCCAAUCUGCCCGCCAAACUCAUGACCAUUCCACUUGAGUGAGGACUACUGUUUUUAUUUCUUUCUUUCCUGUUUGUUUUAUUGUUGUUGUUUUUUAUUGUUCGCUAAAUUGAAUUUUACCUGGCGUUUUGAAAGUUUUUC